AUGGAAGCUUCUAACAGAAACCUGAAAAUAGCUCCAGAACAAACAUAUUGGGCUCCUACAAACCUCACAACGACACCAGAAGGAGAAGAGAAGUUGAUGCAGAAGAUGCAAAUCUCUAUUGAGAAACUAAAGAAGUCUGGAUUCUUUGCUGCUUUUCUAAAUCAAAUCCGUAACUCUGAAGCUUCAUUCCAUUUCCAUAGGGUUACGGAAUCAGAACACAAGUUAAAGAUGGUCAUUUACGGAAUUGGAAGCAUUGAAUCAUCUAAAUCCUCUGAAGUACAGCUUAGCCUUGCGAUCCUGAUGAAAAAAGAAGUGGAUUGGAUCGGAGAUGUUGAAGUUUUCGAUCCGAUUAUUUCUUUGACAGAAUUGAAAGUUAUUGAGGAACUCGGUUGUUGUGUUCUUUCAGUUAAUGAGUGGUGCCAGAGAGAAGCUGUGAACCCGAUUCUUUUUUUCAUGCCACGUUGUCGAGUAACGCUAUUUGAAAAUCUCCUAAAGACCAACUGGAGACAUGGUAUGUUGAACCGAAUUAUUAUACUUGGCAAUAGUUUUAAGCACCAUGGUAUGUUGAACCGAAUUAUUACACUUGGCAAUAGUUUUAAGCACCAGAAGAACUAUAGGUUGAAGCAUUUCUGUGCCAUACAACCAUUCACCAAAGAGUUUGAGAUUUCUAACCUUUCGGAAGCAUAUAUAAGAGCCUUUGGGGGAUUGAGUUGGCAUUUCUUUAGCGUUGGUUGUGAGGCCAACCUCAAACUAACAUGUUGA